AUUUGGUAAUUUUACUUCUGCGCCGCCCCCAAAAUCCUUGUGCGCUGGACCGGACGCCGAGAACCCAGAAGGCGAAGAAGAAGGAGGCGUCGAUCGAGGGAUAGGAAGGCGGCGACGAUGCAUCCGGGGACGAGGACGCGCCGGCGGGUGGCUCCGGCGGGGUCUCCGGGACCUGACGGGGAUGAGUCCGCUGAGAAGCUUGACUACAUGCUCAUCUCGUCCUCCAUCUGCAAUGGGGAUGACCUCGGUCCUCUAGUCCGUAAGGCCUUCGCCGCCGGGAAGCCUGACGCCCUCCUCCACCACCUUCGCCGCUUCGCCCGCUCCAAGGAGGCCGAGAUCGAGGAUGUUUGCCGUUCCCAUUACGAGGACUUCAUCCUCGCCGUCGACGACCUCCGAGCCCUCCUCGCAGAUGCCGACUCUCUGAAAUCGGCUCUCUCCGAGACUAACUGCCGACUCCAGGAGGCCGGCCUCCCCCUGCUUUCUCGACUCGAGGAGCUCCUGGAGGCAGAGACCGUACGCGCCAACCUUUGCCUCGCUCUCCGCUCGGCCACGCUCUGCGCUCGGACGGCUUCCGUCUGCGCCAAUGUCAACGGCCACCUCUCCAGCGAUGAUUUAUAUCUUGCCCUGAAAUCGCUCUCGCUCCUCGAGCAAGAUCUCCUUCCACGCACCCCUUCCUCCGCCCUCCGCCGGAUGCUGGAUUGCCACAUCCCUACUAUCCGCGCCCACAUCGAGCUUCGCGUCUCCAAGGACUUCAGCGACUGGCUCGUCCAGAUCCGCGUCGCCAGCCGUGAGCUCGGCCAGCUUGCCAUCGGCCGCGCCUCCUCCGCCCGCCAGCGCGAGGAGGAGCUCCGCGUCAAGCAGCGUCAGGUGGAGGAGCAAACCAGGGUCAGCCUCCGUGAUUGCGUCUACUCUCUUCACACCGAGGAAGACGACGAUAUGGAGGAGGAUAGGAGAUCCGACACAAGCGCAGGUUCGAACUCCGCCGCCGGAGGUGACAUAGCCGAUCUCCGGUCCCUCUACCGCUGCUACCACAUCUACCAGACCCUGGGGCUCAAGGAUCGGUUCAGGCAACAGUACUUGGAGAACCGCAAGCUGCAGCUCACCUCGGACUUCCAGAUCUCCUCCAUGAGCCCCUUCCUCGAAUCGCAUCAGACCUUCUUCGCGCAGAUCGCCGGCUUCUUCAUUGUCGAAGACCGGAUUUUCCGCACCGCCGGUGACCUCAUAUUUCGGAACGACGUGGACAACCUGUGGGACAUGGCCAUAGGAAAGAUGUGCUCCGUAUUAGAGGACCAGUUUUCACGGAUGCAGACGGCGAACCACCUCCUCCUUAUCAAGGACUACGUGAGCCUUCUGGGAGUGACCCUCCGACGGUACGGCUACCAUGUCGAUCCCCUCCUUGUGGUGCUCAGCCAGCACCGCGACAAGUACCACGAGCUGCUCCUCGCCGAUUGCCAGAAGCAGAUGUCGGACGCCAUUUCUGGCGACAAGUUUGAUCCGAUGGUGAUGAAGAAGGAAUACGAGUAUAACAUGAACGUGCUCGCCUUCCACAUACAGAACUCUGACAUAAUCCCUGCAUUUCCUUACAUCGCGCCAUUCUCCUCGACGGUGCCCGAUUGCUGCAGGAUUGUCCGUUCCUUUGUGGAGGACUCGGUGAGCUUCCUUUCCUACAGCGGGCAGCUUGAUUUCUACGACGUGGUGAAGAAGUAUCUCGAUCGGCUACUUGCAGAAGUCCUCAACGGUUCGCUUCUUCGAUUGAUGAGCUCGGGAAGCGUCUAUACAGUCUCGCAGGCUAUGCAGGUUGCUGCCAACACGGCCAUACUGGAGCGAGCAUGCGAGUUCUUCGUCCGGCAUGCAGCUCAGCUUUCUGGUAUCCCAAUUAGGACGGUGGAGCGCAAACGCCGGCCGGUUUCACCACUGGCUCCAUCAAGGGAGGCUGCCCACGACCUUCUGUUGAGGCUCGUGAAGACAAAGGUUGACGAGUUCAUGACCUUACUUGACAACGUGAACUGGAUCGCCGAUGAUCCCCCGUUUAACGGGAAUGAGUAUGUGAAUGAGGUAGUCAUCUACCUUGAGACCCUCGUCUCUACAGGACAGCAGAUUCUCUCUCCGGACAUCUUAAUGAAUAUCCUGAGAGGCGUUUUGAGGCAUGUCUCAGACAGCAUUGUUGCUGUUCUUGCCGGAGAUGGCGUCAAGCGGUUUAAUGCGACUGCAGUCACGGGGUUGGAUGCUGAUCUCAAGAUAUUGGAAUCUUUUGCAGAGACCCAGGAUAGGCAGCUCAUGAGGGGUGGGGAGGAGGUGGAGGAGAAUGGUGCUGACAGCUCUGUACAGUCUACUUCGCCUUCUUCUUCUGAUCCGUCUUUGAAGGAGUCGUUAAUGGAGGCAAGGCAAUUGGUGAAUUUGCUGGAUAGUAGUCACCCUGAGAACUUCCUGAAUCCGGUUAUAAGAGAGAAGAACUAUGGGGCGCUGGAUUACCGGAAGGUGGUGACUAUAUCGGAGAAGCUGAGAGAUCCAUCGGAAAGGUACUUCAGCACUUUUGGUACAAGGGCUGCCAAGCAAAAUCCCAAGAAGAAGUCUUUGGAUGCUCUCAUCAAAAGACUCAAGGAAGUUUAGAGUGUUGUCACCACGAAGGAUCUAAAUGUGAUUUGACACGUUGUAAAGGGGAUUUUGGGUGCUCGAAGGCUGCAGGAAGAUACCUUGGGCUGCUUGGAGCACCUAGUAUCUCAAUGGGGAAAACUAUUUCUGGAGGUGUAUUGGAGUAUGUCAUGAUGCAACUGUUCUGUUGUUGAGCAUAUCAUUAUUGCUGCCGAUGCGAAGAAAAAGCAGACUAGUUUCUUCACCUUUUCCAUUUUGAUUCUUCCAUGCCCUCAAUGUUUAUUUUUUUGCUUCCACUGAUCAAUCUUCUUGAGGUAAAAUAAUUGGAUGAUUAAAUCAUGUAAUUGCUAGAAAUUCUUCCUCUGGUUUGAAUAAAACAUGGGCAACAAGAAUGUUCGAAGAGCUGGCUGUUAGGUUCAUUUGAGUUUAUUCUGCAAUUCAGUAUUUGAUCUCGUGGACAAGGAAUUAGAACGGAGGGCUCUCAUGCGUGCACCCAAUUCUGGAGGACGCGGGUAGUACUUCUCACUGCUCAGGAUUGCAGGUUGUUAAUUUGUUUGUACGUAAAGAAGAAUGUGCUCCCAUUUUUGUUUGUUUUUGUUGUACCAUUGUGCAUUUAUGUGUAAGAACACAAGGAAAAUGACAUUUGUAUUUGAUGGGUAUUUUUUUAUGGCGGCUGAUUAUCCUGCGGCA